UGCGGUGGUAUUUGGAAAGUAAACAGGAGGAAGGGGUUUGGCUGGUGUGGCACAGGGAGCUCAGCACCGUUUUCAAAGGGUCGGCAUUUACUCUACGUUAUCGGGAGAAACCUGUACAGAAGACUGAAGAGCUUUUUAUUGAACUAACUGGAAACUCGCUGACAAGAAGAAUGAAUCUGCCAACUGAUGGUGUUGCCUUCAUAACUGAAGAAACAUUUGAUUUUGGAAUUAGUUUUCCAGCAGAAAGCCAAGAAUCAUUACUUGAAAAUGAUACUGAAGAAGCCUUUGUUGGUCCAGUCAGGCGGCCUGAACGGUGUCUUGCUGUGGGGAUUGAUGUGAACAGUAAUAAUGGAAACCAUCAGAAAAUGAAUGAAGGCGUACUAAAGUGGAGUCCUCUAAGUGCAGAGAAGCUGGCAGAAAUAGUGAAAGAAGCAAACCGGCUGGCAAAUCAAUUUGAAAAAUGUGCUUUGAAGGAAAAGGAAAAUGCCAGAAGGCAGGGGAAAGAGGUCAGAAGCUGUGGUGACCGAUCAAAAUUAGAAAAAGACUCCAAAGCCAAAAUCAAGCUUUUGCAAGAUGAAAGAAUGUGGAAAAAAAGCCCUCGAAGUCCAAGGAGAGAUACUUACUUUGUGUUAGAUAGUCCAAAUAAAGCUCUUCUUCCUUCGGUGGAUAUUCAGGAUACAAAUGAAAACUGUCCGGUCAGUAAGAGCACACAAGCACAUCCUGAUGAUGGACUACAAACCACUAUCUGCAGACUUGAGUCACCCAGUGAGUCUGAAAAAAUAACCUCUGACAAACCCAUGAGAACAAAGGAAGGUAACCUAUCUGCAAACAGCAAGCAAGCUGCUGUUAAGAAGCAGCAGCAGCAGCGGUCAGAACUUUCCAGGCCAUCAGGCUUAAAGCUUCCUUCUGCUUUUAAUAGAAAAGGAAAUGUGCAUUCAUUAUCUUCAUCAAAGCCCUACGAGUUUCCUAAAAAGGAUUUGCCUUUGCUUUCAACAGGAAACUUAAAACAAUCUAGAGGUGUGUCACUGAACAACCCAGUAGACCUCUCUAGAGAUUCUGGGAGAAGUACUAUCUUACACAACAAACAAAAUAAAGGAAAACCACCAAUAACGUUUGAGAGGAAGAUGUUGUCAGCUCCUUUUAAACCCACCACUGCCACAAAUAUUAAACAGCUUCCAAGUACCAAUCGAGCUGCCAGCACGGAGGGCGGUAGUCGGAAACAAGUGUCAAGCAGACCAGUUCCUCCUGUUGCUUCCAAUCGUUUACGGCCUGGAUCAACCUUAUCUGCGCGUGCUGGGAUCAAAAUCGAAAGAGGCACUUCAGAGGUUCUCAAAGUGAAAGGAUCAGAAAAACAAUUCCAAGCUACAGUUACUUCCAAGCACCUGAAUUUGAGCACAGCAGAUAAAACAGUCCAAAAUAAGUCUCAGCCCAAGAAAGUGACUUCAAGUCAUGUAAAAAGAUGAAUCCUUUUGAGGUUCAUUUAAUACAAAAGCAGUUGAGAAAAUUUUGCUUGGAAGGUGCAGAGACAUGUUUUCUCCCUCUGAAGGAAAAAACCAUACAAGGAAAAUAGAAGAUGCAUGUUCAUCAUCAGCUUAAAAUGUAAAAAAUCUAGUAAUUAUUUUUUCUUAAAAAGUAAAUGAUGACAACAUGCCCAUUCAGUCUGGUUCCCAAUUUGAAAGGCAAUUCAAUUGGUUUUUCUCCCUGUUAUUUCUAUGUAUGCAAUAAAUUUGACUCCCCAGUUGUGUUGCUAUGGUGAAAUGACAUGGUUUGUAUCAGAAUGUCAUUGAAUUCCAUUACAUUUUAAAAGGGAAAAAAUAAAUAUUUUCACAAAGAGCUUGUGAACAUUUUAAGCUAAAUACUGUUGCAUAAUUGUUUUUUUUGUAUCUGAUUUUUCUUUGCCUAUUUUGUAAGCUAGUGUUAAAUCAGUAUUUAGUAGCUGUUCUAAAUCCUAUGAACUCAUGGAAAGAAUUUCCUUAUAUUCUUUAGAGAGUCAUAUAUUUCAAAUAAUUUGAUAGCCAGAGGUGAAAAGUUGUAAUCAAUUCAGCUAAACUCCAUUUCUAGCAUCUCUUACCUCCUUUAGUAUCCUCUGCUGUAGUGAGAACAUCCCUAGAUUCUCCAGUCUAUCAAUCCUUGGUGAUAUCAUAAAGCAUAGGAACAGAAUUAGGCCAUUUGGUGCAGAGAGGCUGCUUUGCUAUUUCAACAUGGCUGAACCAUUUCCCUGUCAAUCCCAUUCUCCUGCCUUCUCACUAUAACCUUUCACACCCUGACUAAUAAAGAACUGAUCAACCUCUGCCUUAAAUACACCCAGUGACCUGGCCUCUACAGCUGCCUGUACACAAAUUCCACAGAUUCACCACUCCGGCUAAAGAAAUUCCUCAUCUCCAUUCUAAAUGGAUGUACCCCUAUUCUGACGCUGUGCCCUCUGGUCCUAAACUCCCCCACAAUAGGAACCAUUUUCUCCACAUUCACUCGGUCUAGGCCUUUUGACACCCAAUAGUUUUCAGUGAUAUUACUCCCCAUCCCCAUUUUUCCAAAGUCCAGUGAGUAAAGGCCCAAAGUCAUCAAUUGCUCCUUAUAUUCUAGUAAAUCUGAACUCUCCCAAAGGCUUAAUAUCUUUCAAUGAAUCUUAUGCUCAAAAUCAGUCUAAAACGGAUACCCUGAGGGUUAUGUACUUUAAAUAUAGCUGAAAGAACUGAUUCACUUGGAUAUUAUAAUUUCCUGAGAUAUGUAUUAUCUUUUAAGAAAUGUAUCGCCUCUGAAAACAUACAUAUACAUUUUCAGCCUCUUAAACUUCUCUAAACAAAUCAUACUUUAUUUUUAGUGUACACUGAUGUGAUUUAAAAAUAUUGAACAUCUUAAAUUUCACACUAAAAUAUAAUUUUUGGGAAUGCUUUUAAUUUGUGCAUCUUGCCCUUCCUGUUUAUGCAGUGUUCUAUAUAAUCAAACAAUGUCAGUUAUUAUGAUCGAACAGUUAAGGUUCUGGAUUAACACAUUCCAUUGUAAGAAGUUGAAGAACUAAAUCCAUUGUUUUGAAGUUUGUGAACUUGUCAGAAGAUCCUGACCAUGGCACCUUAAUCUCAAUUGCUUCACUAGAAUUCUUCAGGGAGGCAAACUUAUUCCUUCCUUCUGUUGCCUCGGUGACUCAAUUUCACUGUCUAAGCUCUUAUGGCAAUUAUUUCAUUAACUUGUCUUUUUUUAAAUGGGGAAUGUUAUGUAUUUUAAGGAGAAAAAAAAUUAAGAAACUCUUUUGAACAAUCUGUUAGUGGUUCUUGUAAAUUCAGGAUAUGAUUCUGUUAAAGCAUGUAUUUUUAAACACUGCAUUUACUUUUAUGUAUGUCUUAGAUCAAUAAAAG